AUGCCACCGUUAGAUCUACCCGACUUGGAUGCUUGCGGCGUGACUUUUUUGAGGAACUCUUGGUCCUCGCGUCCGGGACUGGUAUUUGUGCCCAAUCCUGGCCGGCGUUUCGGUGUAUUCGCUUCUAACGUUGCCGAGCUGCGGUUUUCCGACACCCUUUCGUCGGAAGAGGUUCCUUGUGCUUCGUUCCUGCGAUUAUCUUGCUCUGAGGAAGCGGACUUCUGUGCUACAGUUUUUCGUUUUGCAGCAGCUGCGGGGCUGGAAGCGGUGGUGGUUUUCUCCGCUCCAACAACUUGCGCUCCGCUACCCCUCAACUCUCGCAGCGGAUUCCCUUCAGGUUUUGGCGUUGACUUACUCAACGGUGUACCCUUCGGUCCUUGUGCGCCCUUUGGUGUGCAAACCUGA